GGGCUGGGGAAGGGGGUCACCGCUAGCAGCAUCGGCGUCGUUCUCAAGAACUGCGGGCUUAGGGUCACCUCCAUCAAAAUAGACCCCUAUUUGAACACAGAUGCAGGGACCAUGUCACCGUUUGAACAUGGGGAGGUUUUUGUGCUUGAUGAUGGCGGCGAGGUUGAUUUGGAUCUUGGGAACUAUGAACGCUUUUUGGAUGUUACUCUCACCAGAGACAACAAUAUUACUACAGGCAAGAUAUACCAGUCUGUCCUCGACAAGGAAAGGAGAGGUGAUUAUCUUGGAAAGACUGUUCAGGUUGUCCCUCAUAUAACUGAUGCCAUAAAGGAUUGGAUUGAGUCGGUGUCUUCAGUUCCUGUUGAUGGAAAAAGUGGGCCAGCUGAUGUAUGUGUAAUUGAAUUGGGUGGAACUGUAGGUGAUAUAGAAUCUAUGCCAUUUAUCGAAGCUUUGCGCCAGUUAUCAUUUUCAGUUGGAAAAGAAAAUUUCUGCCUCGUUCAUGUGAGCCUUGUGCCAGUACUUGGUGUAGUCGGCGAACAGAAAACUAAGCCAACUCAACAUAGUGUGAGAGAACUAAGGGCGUUAGGCUUGACUCCUGACCUACUAGCAUGUCGCUCAGCUCAGCCUUUACUACACGGUACGAAGGAGAAGCUCUCACAAUUUUGCCAUGUCCCGGUAGCUAACAUUCUCAAUGUUCAUGAUGUUCCAAACAUUUGGCAUGUUCCACUCUUACUUCGGAACCAAAAUGCUCAUGAGGCUAUACUGAAACAGUUGAACUGUAUAAGCAUGGCUUCUCCCCCAGAUUUGCAGGCAUGGACGAAAAUGGCAGAAACAUACGAUAACCUUACAGAAUCUGUUAAGAUUGCUAUGGUUGGAAAAUACACAGGCUUAUCAGAUGCUUAUUUAUCUGUAAUAAAGGCUCUACUACAUGCUUGUGUUGCUUGCUCUAUGAAACCAUCAGUUGAAUGGAUUGCAGCGUCAGAUCUCGAAGAUGAAAGUGCACGAAUGACACCAGAAGCACAUGCUAAGGCAUGGGAAACUCUUAAGAGUUGUUCAUGCGUUUUGGUUCCUGGUGGAUUUGGUGAUCGUGGAGUGCAAGGAAUGAUAUUGGCUGCGAAGUUCGCCAGAGAGAAUAAAAUUCCAUAUCUUGGCAUUUGCUUGGGGAUGCAGAUUUCUGUUAUUGAAUAUUCGAGAUCUGUUCUGGGUUUGGAAAGAGCAAAUAGUGAAGAAUUUGAUGCUGAUACACCAAAUCCUGUUGUGAUUUUCAUGCCUGAGGGUUCAAGAACACACAUGGGAAGUACUAUGCGAUUGGGUUCUCGGAUUACAUUCUUCAAAAAUCCUGAUUGUCUCACUUCUAAGCUAUAUCAAAAUCCUGCCUGUGUGGACGAGCGUCAUCGUCACAGAUAUGAGGUGAAUCCUGAUUUUAUUGAACAACUUGAAGGUGCGGGGCUAAAGUUUGUGGGAAAUGAUGAAAGUGGAAGAAGAAUGGAGGUUUUGGAGCUACCUAAUCAUCCUUACUACAUAGGUGUGCAGUUCCAUCCAGAAUUCAAAUCAAGACCUGGGAGGCCUUCUGCCUUGUUUCAAGGUUUGAUACUUGCAGCAACAGGCCGAUUACAGGCGUAUCUGAGUAGCCUUCCAGAUUUGAGAUCAAAAGUCCCUCAACCACUUUAGUUUAUCCCCAGUUAAGUUUUGGGGAAUGUGUUAAGGAAGUUCGAGUUCGAGUUGAAGACUAAAAGCAUCAACAAAUGCGUACUCUGCAAGACAUUCCAUCUUGUACUUGCUGAAAUAUCUGAGCACAGAUUGCCUGCUCCUGGCUUUGCUUCAAACGUUGAGGAGGCAGUUUUCCAGGGCUAGUACGAGGUUGAUCAAUACAUAAAAGAUUCCCUCGCGUUAUGGGGAAAAAGUGAAAAUGUUUCUCUGUCAAACUUUCAUGAGAACUUGAUACAUCAUGUAACACUGUUAUGAUCUCUUAGUUUCUUUUUUAACAUCAUGUACUAUUUUCGAAAGCCAUUCCAUUGAUCUCCACACGUUUCUCU